AUUAAUGAUAAUCCUGGAUGGACAUUCAUUUCUGACAAGCAAAAGGGUCUAAUGCCAGCACUAGAUGAGGUGUUUCCCUCUAGUGAGAAGCGUCAUUGUACCAGGCAUCUUGUGACCAAUCUAAGUGCUGCAUGUGGAUCAUCAGCGAGGGUUAAGGAGCUAUUCUGGGAAGCAGCUCGAGUCACCACUGUCUCUGAAUUUCAAGUUGCUAUGAGAAGCCUGUCGGAUUACAACAAGCCCUCUUAUGAUUGGCUUGUUGACAAGCCAUACUACCAUUGGUCCAGGUCGCAUUUU